UUCACAACCACCAACAAAGCGUCAGUGCCAAAAAUGAUUCCAUCGUGUGUUGGCGGUAGCCGGGCGACAGUCGUUCCUUUGACGCGGCGGUGUUUUCAGCAGAAUCAGCAGCGGGUUCGGUUCGGAUUAGAAGCAUCAAGGGCACGUUUUGUUGGUACAGAAAACGGUGCAGUGAGUCGUUUCCUCUCGGUGACGGGAUCAAAGAACGGGUUUUGUUUGCUUGGUAGUUUACGCAGUUGUUACGGAACGGUGAAUACGGGGAGUGCUUGCCGCAAGAUGACCGGAGUCAAGAAGUACCAAAUCGUGGAACGGGGCGCACCAAAUUCGACCGACUAUCGGCUGUUCUUCA